AUUUCUUCCAGAACGAACGUGCGCUUCCAGGCUUCCAGAACGUGUGCUUCCAGAACGAACGCCGAACAGACCUCCACCGCCAGCAUCCACCGCCACCAGUCCACCACCACCAGUCUGCCGAGUAACCGUUGUCCUCCUUGGCCGAUUUCGCCCAGGCCGAUUUCGCCCCACGAGUUCGUCGCCCACUACGCAAGCGCAGUGCCACCGCCACUGGUCCGUCGCCCACCAUAGUUCGUCACCAACUAACAGUUGUUCAUGGCUGACUCCAGUGACCAUGGUGUUACUCAGGAACCAAUUUGUAAUCUUGAUAGUGAUGGACUUGAAGCGGAAAGUGUAAACAUUCAAUGUGAUGUGAAUGUCGAAGAUGGGGUCAAUGUCAAAGAUGGAGUGAAUGUGAUUCCCUCUUCGAGUAGUGGUCCAUUGGAGCCAUUCGUUGGUAUGGUAUUUGAGGAUGUCAAAGAUGCCCAAGUAUUUUACAAGGCAUAUGCAAGGCGAAAAGGAUUCGCAAUCCGAACAAAUCAUACUCGAUUGUCGAAAGAUGAUAAAACUCUUUGUGCAGUAGACUAUGUUUGUACAAGGGAAGGAUUUCGGCGGGUAAGACGGAAAGAUACAGAUCGAAUAAUCUCAAAACUUGAUGAGAUAAAGAUUGGAUGUAAAGCAAUAAUGGGAAUAAAGAAAGAUGGUGAAAAAUGGAUAGUCAACAAGUUUGUAGUUGGACAUAAUCAUAUUCUACUUACACCAAGAAGUACUAGUUUCCUUCGUGGACAUAAGGGAGUUACUAAAGUGCAAAAAAAACUUCUUAUGACUUUGAAUGAGUUCGGUGUACCGACAAGGAAUAUAAUGUCAGUGUUGAGUAAAGAUUCAGGUGGUAACUUUAAUGUCGGUUGUAUUGGCAAAGAUGUAGAAAAUUACUUGAGAAGCAAAAGUAGAAAAGUAUUUGAAGAGGGGGCACAAAAGUUAUAUUCCUACUUUCUUGAUCGACAACUCAAAGAACCUGGGUUUGUGUUCUCCAUGCAAGUUGAUAAGGAUGGGUGUAUGAGAAGUUGUUUUUGAGCUGAUGCGCGAUCAAGAGCUGCAUACCAAUAUUUUGGAGAUGUUGUUACAUUUGAUGCCACUUACCUGAUCAAUAUUUAUAAAAUGCCAUUUGUGUCAUUUUCUGGAGUUAAUCAUCAUCAUCAGACCAUAAUGUUUGGUUGUGCUUUGUUAGUUAAUAAAACGGCAGAAUCAUAUACAUGGUUAUUGAGAACAUGGCAAGAAGCAAUGCUUGAGUGUGUCCCUUCAACAAUAAUUACAGAUGAUGACAAGGCGAUGGCUAAGGCAAUUGUAGAGGUACUCCCAAAUACAACUCAUAGGUUGUGCUUGUGGCACAUUUUAGAAAAGAUUCCCGAACACUUAGCCCAUGUAUAUAACAAAUUUCCAGACUUUCAAAAAGAUUUUUAUCAAUGCAUCCAUGAGACAAUUACUACUGAUGAGUUCGAGCAAGAAUGGGCUUUGAUUGUAGUGAAGUAUGAGUUAGGAGAAAAUAUUUAGCUGCAAAAUCUUUACAACCGACGGAUAAGUGGGUACCGGCCUACUUGCGUUCAACAUUUUGUGCUGGUAUGUCAACAAUUCAGAGUGAAAGUAUGAACAAAUUUUUCAAAGAUUAUGUUUGUUCAAGCACUAUGGUUAGUGAUUUUGUGCAUCAGUAUGAAAAGGCUAUAGAGGCACAUUACUUUAAAGAGAAAGAGAAUGGUGUGCAGACAAAAUUUACUCGGGCGAUAAUGAAGACACCUUUUAAAAUUGAAGAGGAGGCGGCAAUGGUCUAUACAAGAAAGUCUUUCAUGAUCUUUCAAAAUGAGCUGUUCAAUAAUCUACGGUACCAAGCAAGAAAAUUGUAUGUGAUUGGUGAUGCCAAGACAUAUGGAGUGACAGCUUAUAGAAAAGAAACACCUCUUUACCAUGUGACAUUGGAGGGUGAUGAAGGACAUGCUACAUGUACAUGUCAUAUGUGGGAGUUUAUGGGGAUUCUUUAUAGGCAUAUCUUAUGUGUUUUUGGCAAGAAAGCGAAGUUAAAUAAAUUGCCACAAUAUUAUGUUCUAGACAGAUGAACUAUUAAUACUAAAAGUCGACUCAUUCCCAACAUACCAUGUUCUGAUGACCAAGUUGAGGCAAGGACAAGAUGAGCCUACAAUGAGAAAAAACAAGUCAAUGAUACAACUUUAUGACAUUGUCGAACUUGCAUCACAGUCAGCAGAAAAACACAAUCACUUCACACUUGCAUUGGAGAAAGUUCACAAAGAGUUGCUUGCAAUGGAAGAGCAUGUAGAAUGUUAACAAACGGUUUUUAGUUAUUUGUAUUUUAUCGGUUUUUAAUUAAAGAAGCUAAUAAAGCUUGUUGUUAUUUAUAC